AUGGCCGGUAAAAAGAGUAACCCUCCAAAGGGCACCCUUGCGUGCGAUACAUGCUACAAACGCAAGGUAAAAUGCGACAGACAAGAUCCAUGCAAAAACUGCAUCGCAACCAAAACCACCUGCCAAUGGACGCGGCAGGUGCGUGAGCGUCGUCGCAAACCCAAUACAGCGGAUGCGGUUCGUACGCUUGAAGACAGGGUCCAUCAUCUUGAGAAUCUGCUGCAGCACUCGGAUAAGUCUGAAAUGGUGACGCAGACAGAUGUACUUGAUGCUGAUCAUGACGGCGAUAUGGAAAAGCAUUCUCCAGGAAAUUCCCGCGUUCUAGAUAUCUUAGAUCAAGGCCCUCCGGCUCCAACGCCAAACCCAACCUUCAAUCUCCCCCCAGGGCCUCUUCGGCUGGCCGAUGCGCUAGAAAAAGUCCGUGAAGCAGUGACAAUCUUUUCAUCCUCCAGGUCACCCCGGAGGAACAUAGAAAGCGAGAGCCUGACAUCUACGGAUAUUUUAAAUGCCAUGACACGACCGAGCAACGACCCCGCAGACGUGAUCCAGCCUGCCGCAGUCAACAAAAUGGGCCUGGCUUUACUCUCUGAUGACUUUGAUCCGCUAGUCCAAGAAGAAAAGCUCACAUAUCAAACCAUAAUGUCCUUCAAAGCUGCUCUAGUACUCGGUCAACAAACACCGCAAAGCACCACAAACGUCGUCGCCCGUCACAUAAAACGCAUCCAAACCCGCAAAUUCGAGGCUUCCUUGGUAUCAGCUGGCCCUGGCCAUCUCAAGCGGUGCUCAUCCUGGUGCUUACUCUAUUCUUUUGUAUCUUUGCUUCAAGCAUACUAUGUCCAAGUGAUUGUAUCGCAAUUUUUCGGGGAUUUAUGGAAGACGCGGUACAUUAUGGCUGAGUGGUCGGAGGCAUUGGUAGAUUUGAGAUACCCGCUUCCCAAGACACCCGAUACUGAAGCAGUGGCGAACUGUUUGAAAUGGUGCUAUCGAGCGGAUAUGUUUAUGAGUGUGUUCUUGCGACAAUCGCGACAUAUGUCGCGUCGAUUGGACGAGGCGGGAGAGGGGGAUUUAGGUAUAUACGAGGGAUUAUUGUAUCAUCUGCAAGACAGGCUCUUGCACCUUGAGACUCUAACAAUAGAUGUGACGCAGCGGGCUGUUGAAAUUGAGAAACUUGAUCAUUAUGUAAAAGUGCAUCCCGAUAUGCAGAAAGACGAUACAAGACUCGACUUUCGAUUAUACGCAACUCUGACAGUCCUCUGGCAUGGGCACCCGGACUUGGACAGCAAAAAGCACAUACAGACGCAGCUGACGGGCUAUGCACGCGAGACUCUGAAAUUGUUGAAUCAAGUCGAUCCCCGUCCUGGCCCAAUCAGUUGCGAAGCCGACAUAACUCUACAUUGGAACAUGCUCUGCAGCGGCGUACUGCCCAUGCUGAUCCUAUGCAUACAUACACUACGCUUCAACGAUACCGGCGAUUUCAAACUACUCAAGGAUUACACGCGCAUCGUAUCCGGUCUGAACUCAGAUUACAACAAAGACAACAAUCUCGCCACCCAAGUCGAAGACCUGUGCGUCGCACUCGUACAAAUCUGCGAGGCGUCGUCGUGUCGUCGUGAGCGUGAGCGUAUGGUGGCCGAAAAGAUUCCAACAAACCACGACGCGCGCCGCAAAAACUUUUUAAACUUUGAUUCGUUUUUUGUAACAGAGAAUCAUAAAGGCGACGACGACGACGACGACGAUGACGAAAACUUGGAUGCCAUGGUUGCAGAGAGCCUAACGUUGCAGCCGAAGAUAUACGAGCCCAGGGUGUUGUAA